GCAGCGGGCCACAAGCGCAACUUUAUCAUUACGCAGCAACAAGGAAGCGAGAGACGCACACGCACACACACAGAAGAAGAGCGAAGCGAAUAUAAGAAGGUUGUUUUUCUCUCCUGCGUCGACUUCAUCUACACCCUGUCACCCAAAGGCUUCCACAGAAUGAUGCUGCAGCACUCGGGUCCCUCGCUGGCUGACAUCAGCUGCUCGGCCAUGGUGCCCUGCCUGUCGCCGCCGGGCACGCUCACCCUGGACGACUUCACCAACUUCACCCCGCUGGUGAAAGAAGAGCUGCGGCUGGCCAUCCAGACCAAGCGUCAGUCCAACGGGCUCAGCGCAGACAUCAGCUCGGACGGCGCCAGCUCCAGCUCGGACCGAGCCUCGGAGCACCACGCCUGCGGAUCUGGAGUCAGGAGAGAGAUCACACCUCAGGAGCACGAGAGGAGGAAGAGACGGAGAGAGAGGAACAAGAUCGCUGCUGCCAAAUGCCGCAACAAGAAGAAGGAGAAGACUGAGACUCUGCAGCAGGAGUCUGAGAAACUAGAGACAGUCAACGCCGACCUGAAGGCUCAGAUCGAGGAGCUGAAGCAGCAGAAGCAGCAACUGGUCUACAUGCUCAACCUGCACCGGCCGACCUGCAUCGUCCGAGCCCAAAACGGCCAAACGCCUGAGGAUGAGAGGAACCUCUUCAUCCAACACAUCAAGGAGAGCACCUUACAACUGCACGACCUCACCACCUCCAUCACAUCCACCUCCUUGUCUCCAUCCGUCUCCACGUUAGCGCCUCUGGAUGGAGGGCGUCUGACCCUCGACCACAUUCACUGUCCCGGUCACCUAUGAGCCACCGGUUGUGUCUCUGCUACUUUUCAAAGACUUGAGAUGCCUCCAUCCUGCUUCCAUCGACUGUUUUCGAGAGGCUGGUUGGAGCCUCCGCAUAGACGAGCUAAGAAUGACAGAAUGACAUAUCGUAAACGCCAUUUGGAUAACUCCUCAGUCUCAUUCACUGUCCACAAAGCUGCUAGAGAGAGAGAGAGAGAGAGAAAGUGGCACAAAGUGACCUCAUCACCUCCCUCUCCCUGAAACCGUAGCUGCUGAUUGGACACGAAGUACACGACAGCACCUUGACAUGCAUUAUUUUUAUUUUGUAUUUUUUGAACAUUACAAACCGUCAAGGCCAAGGACAGAUGCCAAAGCACUAAAACACAAAACAGACCCUUUUUUUUAUUUACUGAUAUUUUUUGAAUAGAUGAAAGUCUGGUUUUUGUACCAAAGCAGAGCGUGAUUUCAAGGUGAUCAAGGCACAUAAUUUAAAAGUUCACCCUCAAAGAAAGUAGACGCAGAUUGACCGUGUGAGUGUGUACCGAGUGUGUACCGAGUGUGUAAAGUCACUGACUUUAAAAAGAAGACAUUGUUUGUGCUCAGUGUAUGAAAAAUAGCAUAUUUAUUAAAUAACUACUGUACGAUUUGUCA